AUGACACCCACACCACCGACGACCAAUUCUUCGACCGGCGCGUCCCCCGACAAUGGCCAGUACCGCGUCGUGCGCAAGAGAAACCGAAUCCCUCUCUCAUGUGGGCCGUACGACAUGCAGAAUCGCAUCGAUCGACUCGAAAGCCUGGUUCUCUCGCUCAUGACCAAUGGCUCUCAAGCUGCUGGCCCCUCGGCUGCACAUGCUGCUAUCAAUUCGAGCAGGAGUAACAGUCUUGGUACCUCGAUUGGCAUGCCCUUGGAUCCUCAGAGAGACAGCAUUAGAGAAGUCGAAGGAGAAGACAGCGAUAUCAACGACGUCGCGCAGGACAUCGGUAUCAUGAAGAUCGACGGUGCCAAGGCCUUCUUCGUGCCCGAUGCGCAUUGGUACGCCAUCUUGUCCGACAUUGCUGAGGUUAAGAAUUACUUCGCCAGUCACAAGGAGCAGUUCUCGGAACAAUCCAGGAAGAUCCAGGCUUCAAGAGACGACGAUUCUUCAGGCUCGUUCCUGUUCAAGGGCCCGAAGCUGAACAACAAAACCGAGGUCCUUGUAACCAUGCCCGACAAGAACGCUGUCGAUGACUUGGUCAAACGUUACUUCCAAUCUUACGAUCCAGCCGUCCAUAUUAUCCAUGGUCCAACUUUCCAAGGACAGUACGACAGACACUGGCAAAAUCCCAACGAGACGCCCGUAACUUUCCUCGCGUUGCUAUAUGGCAUGAUGACUCUCGCAUUGCAAUCGUACACUAGAGCAGGUGACGAGCCUCCAGAGUAUCAGGGUAGAUCGCACGAGCUGUCCAUCUCCUUCAAGCGUCUCACGGCACAGUGCAUCGUGCUUGCAGACGUCACCCUUCCAAUGCCACAGCUGGUCGAGGCCCUCAUACUGCAUAUCCAGGCCGAGCACAGUAGCAGCAACGAUGCCGAGACUGGCAUUCUCUUGCUCGUCAACUUGUGCACUCGCCUUGCCAUGCGCAUGGGUUACCACAGAGAUUCUGGUCCUUACCCCAAUGUUUCGCCCUUCACGGCCGAGAUGAGACGACGAGUCUGGGCUUUCAUUCGCCAGGCUGAUUUGCUCUUCUCGUGCCAAUUUGGUCUUCCUCCCAUCGUUCGCUCAGAUGCCACUGAUUCCGACCUCCCACACAACAUCUUUGACGAUGAGUUUACAGAGGACAUGAAAUCUCUACCUCCUUCCCGACCAGAAUCUGAGGUUACUCCCGCAUCAUACAUGAUUGCCAAGGCUCGAUUGAUAUCCUGCUUCGGCCAGAUUGUCGAUCGCAUUCAAUCAGUAAACUCACCGCCAGCCUAUGAGGAGAUCAUGAAGUUGGAUGCUCAGCUUCGCGAGGCUCGUACCCAGAUUCCACCUCAUCUUCAGAUGAAGUCUCCUUCGGAGCUGGCCACAGCUGCACCCAACCUGAUCAUGCAAACCUAUGCCCUGGAGCUGAUUUAUCUCAAGUCGCAGUGCAUGUUACACCGCAAGUUCAUUGCUAGAGGACGUGACUCGCCGCGCUACGCAUAUUCUAGACGAACUUGCAUUGACGCUUCGAUGGAGAUGCUUAAUCAUCAAGCUACCCUGUACCUGGAGUCACGAGACGGAGGCAAGCUGCGCUCAGUCAAGUGGUCCAUCUCUUCGCUCACAACUCACGACUUUUUGCUUGCAGCCAUGAUUGUGUGCCUUGAUCUAUACCACACCUCUGAGUCUGACAGAAGUGUGAUCAAGACUUCUUCGUCUAACCCUUCUUCCCCUCUGAGCGGAGACGUGUGGACGCAAGACCGAAGAGAGCAGAUGAUCGUAGCGCUCCAGCACUGUGCAUCCAUCUGGGAGAGUUUGCGCGAUAAGAGUAUGGAAGCAUACAAAGCAUCUACGCAGCUUCGCGUCAUGCUGGGCAAACUCAGAGCACAAGAACAGCAACAAACAGCAAUGAUUGGUGGUAGAGAGCAGCAGAUGCGUAACACCAGCCAAUACGGUAUGCGUGGCCACUCCUUUGGCGCCUUCCCUAACGGCCAAGUAUCUGACAUUGUCGAAGACGAGGUUCCGCCCGAGCACUCUGCUGCAAUGACUCUGGGUCUGCUGUCGUCUGGCGGCGUCAGUCCCAAUGCUGGGUUUGCUUCAAACGCCCCCGGUUCGCUCAGCAUGGAGACGCGCGGAUACCCGGCCAGUAUGGCCGGUUUGCUCAACGAGCCUAUGUCUGAGCGCACAGGCCUGACACCACAAUACAGUGGAGUCGAUGUUAACGGCGCACAAGCUGUCCAAGGUGCCGCGUCUCCAUUCACACAGCUGUUCGGUAGCGGUGCACCAGAAGUGGAUUGGGGUGCAUGGGACUCGUAUGUUCAAGGAGAUCCUAUGCAGAUGUGGUCAAUGAACCUUGAAGUCCACCCACUGGACAAUCAACAAGCUCAACAGCAGCAAGCGCAGCAACAGGCACAGCAGCAGUUGGCUCAACAAGCCCAGCAAGCGAGCAUGAACAACAUGUUCAUGGGUCCUGCGGGUGCAGCCAACAUGAUGUGA